UUUAACACUCCAUAUAUAACCAGUAACUUCCUUCCACAAAAGUUUGAAAUGUAUGUCCAUCAUUUGAGAAAUCAGGAAUUGAAAUCUAUCCAUCAUUCGAGAGAUCAGGAAGUACAAUCCAUUUCAGGAACACUUUAAAAGGUUCAAACAGCAAAGUGUGUCAUUCAUUGGGGGGAAAUACACAUACAAAAAAACAGAAUUCAAUGGCCUCCAGUCAAAACACAAACCAUAUCAAAUGUGCCAAGUGCCAAAAACCAGCCGAUUUUGCAUGCAACAGUUGUGAAGAGAAGUUUUGCAGUAAAUGUCAGAAACAACAUACGAAGUCCAAAUCAACGAGGGAUCACAAAGUCUCACCGCUGUCGGAUGCAUUGGAAAGAGAUGAAUGUAGUCUGCAUCCCUCUAACACUUAUGACAUGUGUUGUAAGGACUGUGAAUUGCCUGUGUGUGUCACAUGUGUCACAGAAAACCAUGUGGGGCAUGUGUUUGUAGCGAAAGAUGUUAUGUUCAAACAAAAGCGAAAAGCUGUGGUGUCCAGUAUCUCGGCUCUGAAAAAUACACUUCUUCCGAAGUAUCGAGAACUGCACAAUGAAGUGCUAGCUAACAUCACCAAAUGUAAACAAGUCAUGGCCAACAUGCGAAUCAGCAUCGAAGAAAAGGCUCAAGAAAUCAAGGCCCUGGUAGAUGCAGAGUUGGAGAAGAAUAUGAAAUUGUUGGAGAAGAUGGAAAUUUCUUUGCUGCAGAAACUUUUGUUGGAGGAAAGCUCAAUUUGCGGCCAGCUGACUUCAUUGACAGAAAAGCUAGACGAGUUGGAGUAUAAACUGGAGACCUAUACUCCUGUCCAGCUGAUGAUGACCAAUUCUAAACUGACAGUCAAAGAGGGGGACAUCCCAUGUCUGAACAGACUCAUUGUUCCGGAAUACCACAGCAAGUCUACCACAGAAGUUAAAAUUUCCCGACUCAUUGGAGAGAUCAUUGUUCCCGCUGAUGCGACAGAGGUGCCUGUCUCUCCUAUGACCAAGUUAGAGAAUCUUUACAACAACAUGACAUGUUCAGUCAAGAAAGUGAUUGGUAUAGCACCCUCUGAAAUCCAAUAUGGACGUCACAUCAGCUGCAUGAGAGACGGUCGUGCAUGGGUGAGUGACCGGUUAUGUAAUAUGAUUUUAUUGGAUAUCCAUGGCAACACCUUGCAUAAACUUACAUUAAGAAGUAAAGGAGAUGGUUACCACUGUGCCACAAUAAACAACGAUCUCCUCUACAUUGACAAAACUAUGAAGAGGGUCAGCAGGUUUCUUCUACAAGAGCAGAGAGUUGAGAGUCUCUUCUCCACCCCUAAAACCUGGGCUGCCAUCAGCAUCCACUCCUCUUGGAUCAAUGAAGAAAUCCUUAUAGGCAUGCACACAAAGCAGGAUGCCAAAAUAGUUCGCUUCAGCACUACUGGAAAUGAGCUCGAAGAGAUUCAUAAAAGCAGUACAAACGGGGAGAACCUCUACUGCUACCCUCACUAUAUUACAGAGGGCCCCUCUGGCGACAUCUGCACCUCUGACUUUGAGAAAUUUUCAGUGAUUGUUGUCAACAGAAGAGGCCAACACAAAUUCACCUACAAGGGGACACAGAAAUCCCAAUUUUUCCCUCAUGGGAUUUGCACAGACAGGGUAGGAAACAUCCUCAUUUGUGACAACCAAUGCAAGUACAGGAUCCAUAUGCUGGACCCAGAUGGUGUGUUCCUGCGUUUCCUCUUGUCUAAAGAAGAUGGAAUCAUGGAACCAUUAGGCCUCUGUCUCGAUGAUCGUAACUAUCUCUGGAUAGGCCAGAGAGGAAAGGAAUCUGUGUCUGUGUUCAAAUACGAUCACCAGGAAAAGGAAAAUGUGUAUAUGUAAAUGAAAACAAUUAUUUCGUGAUAUUCAGUUUCCUAGUGUCAGAGUCCAUGCAAUGACCUCUUCUAACAAGUCUAUAUUUUUAUGCAGUUGUUUUAGUUACAUAUGUCAGACAUUGCAUUAUUAAUCUUUCAUUAAAACGUUAAUGUAUCA